AUGGCAGCAGCUUCUCUUCUGUCACUUCAUUGCCCUUCUUCUCUAUUCAAGGGAAACUUGACAAGAUUGAAGCCAAAGACAUGCAACUUCACUUGUCUUAAACUCCAUUCUAAGAACAAAAGACCAUUAGUGAUCAUCAACCAAGCAGCAGAAGCUUCUGUGGUUACCACAUCUCCAGGAGUGAGGUUCAGGCUGGACAAUCUGGGCCCACAACCAGGGUCGAGAAAGAAAGGAAAGAGAAAGGGAAGAGGUAUCUCCGCGGGACAAGGAAACAGUUGUGGAUUUGGUAUGAGAGGCCAGAAAUCUCGGUCUGGUCCUGGUGUUCGAAAAGGGUUCGAGGGUGGACAAAUGCCUCUUUACCGCCGUAUCCCUAAAUUGCGUGGAAUUGCUGGAGGUAUGCAUGCGGGGUUGCCAAAAUAUGUCCCUGUGAACUUAAAAGACAUAGCAGAAGCAGGAUUCCAAGAGGGAGAGGAGGUGUCACUAGAGACUUUGAAGGAGAAAGGUUUGAUCAACCCGUCAGGAAGAGAAAGGAAACUCCCUUUGAAGGUUUUGGGUGAUGGAGAGCUAAGUGUGAAGCUGAACAUUAAAGCUCGUGCCUUUUCAGCAGCAGCCAAGGAGAAACUUGAGGCUGCUGGAUGCUCUCUUACCGUAUUGCCUGGCCGAAAGAAGUGGGUGAAACCAUCAGUUGCUAAGAACCUUGCUCGUGCUGAAGAAUACUUUGCUAAGAAACGAGCUGCAGCAGCUGCAUCUGAAUCAACCUCAGCUUGA